CUAUAGUAGCCUAUAGUACAGUAGGUGCUUUUUGGAUAUUUUACAGACCACGGGGGACCAGAAAUGCAGAGGUUAGCCUGUGUUAAACUUGACAUCUUAAUGGAAAACUUCGCUCGACUGGAACAGAAAGUCACAGAUCUUCACGGUAAGAACAACAGUCUGGAGAUCAAGCUGGAGGAAGCCACCAGGCUCUUGAAUUUCAACAUAAACAAAGUGAAGAGUUUAACCGAGGAGAGAGACAACAUGCUGGACACAGUGAACAAACUCCAGCUGACUCUUCAAGAGCAGAGUAACCUCAGAGUGGAGAAUGAGAAAUUGAAGGGCAGCAUGGAGGACCUGAAACGACAGAAUGAGAAAACAGCAGAGGAGCGAGGGGCCGAGGUGCAGCGGCUGCUCACAGACAUGAAAGCAGAGGAGGAGAGACACCAGAGGGAGCUAGAGACUGUGAGGCAGCAGUGCAGCACUGAGCUGGACGAGGCCCACAAGGAAGCCCUCAAUCAGUUGGAAGCUAAAGACGCUGAAGUGCAGAAGCUGCUUGCGAGGAAGGAUCUCGAGCUCGAGGAGAUGAAAAAGAAGCUUAGGGACCAGGAGAAGGAGAGGCAGAGUGAACUCCUAAAAUUACAAAUGGAGUUUGGCGCUAAGCUAGCGAAGGUUCAAAGUGCAGCACAGUCGUCUCAGCUGCAGCAGAGCUCCAGCUUCCUUCCCCAGAGCGUCUUCAGAAAGAAGUUGCAGGUUUUCCAGGAGGAGAAGAACAAGGAGAUUGCGGCCCUGCGUCAUAGAAUCAAAGAGCUGGAGGAGCACCAGCGUGCCGGUGGCCUCAUUGAAAAUCGUCCCAAGAGGAAAAAGAUGUAGCUGUUAAUUGCAAGCUAACAAUCCUCACAAGCCAAUGUCUUUGCCAGUUUUAAGCCAGCAUGUUCACGGCACCGUGGGCUUACACAGCAUCUUCUGCCUGGUCCUUCCAAAGGCAAAAGUUAUCUAAGACUUUUGAAUUUUCUAGUCAGUUUUUUGCGUUGAUUUAUUUGUUUGUUUGUUUGUUUUCAAUACAUUGCUGUGUUCAAGCAAAAUUUUUGAUUUUCACACUCUUGGAAACGCUCUUUCCUAUUACAGAGCAUUUAUUCAGUUACAGCACUCAUAUUGUCAUCCUGCACUAGAUUUGCAGUUUCUUGGUCUGCAGAAGGGCAGUCAGAGGAUUGUUACAGGUGACCAGUGUUCAGAUGACAGGACACUAGCACAGGUCCCCACACAUGCAACCACAGGAGGUAUUCCUGUCUAAGGCCUUAAUCCAAUCAGGCACCAGCGUGGUGGGCGGAGCCUCUGAGCUAGAAGAAGUUUCAUGCUU